UUUGUCAACCACAUAAAUAUAUUUAUACCGAUCACUACUACUACAUAUAUAAAUAUAAAAAAAGAAAAAAAAAGAAAGAAAAGAAGAAAAUAAUCUCGUCGUCGUGGUAAUUAAUGGCGGAGGCGCGGAUGUACUGCGCGAUUCCUAGCUCGAAGAAGGGCGGCGCCACCGCAGGGAAGGGAUUCACCCGGCGGUGUGCGAAGCUCGUAAAGGAGCAGCGCGCCCGGAUCUACAUCCUGCGCCGCUGCGCCACCAUGCUCCUCUGCUGGUACAUCCACGGCGACGACUAAAUUAAACUCGUGGAUCAGUUAGAGCAUCUAUCUCUCUCCACUCCACUCUCUUGUAAUAUAUAUGUUCCCUCUGUUAAUUUCUCGGUUAUUGGUCUCCUCGAUCGAUCUCCUUUUGGGCCUGCAUUUAUAGCUCGACCUAGUCGUUACAAGAUGGUUUUCUCCGGUGCUUCUUUGGUCCUUCUUCAGUCUCCAUCUCCUGCUGCUCUCCGUGUGUUUGCUCGGCGCAGUGCCCGAGCUUUUUUGGUGAAGGGGAUCGCUUCCUUAAUUCGCCGGUGGCGAGAGAACUUCAGAGAUGGUUUAACAAAGGAGGACAGCUGGGUCUCAUCAGUAGCGUUUCCUGCAGAAGGGUUAAAUUUAUAUUUAUAUUCUAUGUUAUUUAGUAAUGUUUUCUCUUCUUCUUUUUUUCCUUGCUCUUUCCCUCUUUCCUCGUUUUGCUAAUCUUUGUGUUUUUGGCAUGGAUUGAAAGGUCUCCAUGUAAUUUUGACGCAAAGAUCUAAUUUGAUGUAUCUCUUCUUAUCUUAUCUAACAUUGAGUUAGCGAGCUGGAACUGUUGUCGGUCCAAUCAUGCUUGCAUGUGUACGUGUUUGCAGCUUAUGGA